AUUAAAGUGAGAGCGGGAGAUUGCGGUUCAUCUGCGUUAUUCAUGUAAACUAUAAGCAUUUAAUUGAUUCAUGCAUUGAGAGCUUGGAUUGUAAAAGGACACAUGGCCUCCCUCACACCUAGAUUAACCACUAAACAAAAACAGCAGCUCUGUGCCUUGUUGGGUAAUGUGAAUCUGACUCUUCUCUUCAAAGCGUCUGUUCAUGGAUAUAAUGCUGCUGCUUUCCACCAGCGCUGUGACCGUCAGGGUCCAACUUUACUCGUAGCCUACAACAACUCAGGCUACAUAUUUGGAGGUUACACUAGUAAAGAUUAUACUCAGUGUGGUAGGAUUAUAGCUGAUCAUGAGGCUUUCCUGUUCACCUUUCCUAUUAAUGGUGGUGUGCCAGUCUCCAUCAAAAUAAGAAAUGGGAGUCGUGCACGUCUGGAUGACUCUGGAGUGCCCAACUUUGGCAAAGAGCUGUACUUUAUGUAUAACAAUCAACCUUUGGUACAUGACGAUGAAAAUGUGGGAUAUGCAAGUUUCACGUUCGAUUAUGAUCCCUUAACCAUGUAUGGAAGCGACUCUCAGCUCCGAGAAUGUGAGGUGUACAAAGUGAAGAAGAUUGUCUCACAGGUCACUGCAGGUCCGAUCAAAGAAAAGCCAUGGAGAAAUAUUCUGUGGAUACCUGGACAAAAGCAAGACCUCUUGAAGCGCAUCAAAGAUUAUAAACCCCUGGUGUCCUCUGUGGACCGGGUUCGGAUCCUAAUGAUCGGUCCUGUAGGUGCUGGAAAGUCCAGUUUCUUUAACUCCGUCAACUCCAUCUUCAUGGGUCGCAUGACCAACAAAGCCAUGGCAGGAUCUUCAGGCACCAGCCUCACCACACAGUUUCGCACAUAUCCACUGAAAGAUGGCCGUGAGGGAAAGCCAUUGCCAUUUGUGUUGUGUGACACUAUGGGACUGGAGGAGCAGACAGGUGCAGGUCUGGAUAUUGAGGACAUCAGCAGCAUUCUUCAGGGUCUCAUACCAGACCGAUAUCAAUUCAACCCCAUAGCAUCAUUUCAUCCUGAUGAGCAAAAGUCCUACAGACCUUCAUCUCUACAGGAGAGGAUCCACUGUGUGGUGUUUGUGAUAGACGCCACCAAAAUCUCCCUCAUGUCCAGCAAACUGGAGGACAAACUCGCAGCUAUACGCAAAAAAGUGAACUCGCUGUGUGUUCCUCAGAUCGUCUUGAUGACUAAAAUAGAUGAGGCGUGUCCUCUGGUGGAGGAGGAUCUUCAAAAUGUUUAUGUCAGUUCUUACAUUAAGGCAAAGGUACAGGAGGUCAGCUCUCGACUGGGUGUUCCUGUGUCUUGUGUGUUACCUGUGAAGAACUACAGUCAGGAGCUUGAACUGAACCUCAACUGUGAUCUCCUGCUUCUCACCGCUGUACAGCAAAUGCUUAACUAUGCUGAAGAUUAUUUGGAUGAUAUUGAUGCCCAUUAAAGCAAAUGCUUAUUAAGUGCUACUUGAAGUUGUAAUGUAAAUAAUCAAAUGUAUGUUAAUUUUUGUUUUUGGGCUAAGAAAAAGUUCACAUUUAUGAGGAUGAUGUUCAUAAUAAGGUAACUUGCUGGAAUUAUGGGAAGAUAAACACAAUCUAAAAAUAUUUGAUGGGUAUUUUUUGUAUACUGCAUUUACAGAAGUCCAACCAUUAAUACUGAAUUAUUUUGAAGUAUACAGCAGAUAGCAGCAGUGAUCUUGACAUUGCUGUUAGGUCAUAACAAUUACAUUUCAAAUCCCUGAUUUAAAUGA